AUGCACCAAAGCUGGUUUGCCAACCGCCAUUACAUAUAGAAGAAGUAGAAGAACGGCUCCUUUGAGAAACGCUUUACUACAGCGUCUCCUAACGUUUAAUUCCGAUGAGGAUGACUGUAACCUACAAGCCUCCGCAGGACUGGACUAGGAAGGACACAGCUGCCUCACUAGAGUUUGAGAAGCACACAUGGAGUGAUCUUUGCCAUAAGCUGCAUCAAAAAUUCCCUGGUGAUGAUAAAGAUGGAGCAGCAUGAAAACAUCCAGACGACACAAACACCAGAUGUGAAGACGAAAAAAUGCCAGUCUUCACCAGGGCAAGAUCGGACGAAUAUUAAACAGGAUUGGAAGAAACUAAAAGAAGAUGCCAUCACUUGCCAUCAAGUUGGGAUGUGGUUCAAUCAACAAGCAAACCUUAAGCAGCACAUUAAAACUGAACAGAAGCCUUUCAUCUGUUCUCAGUGUGGAAAGUGUUUCACAAUGAAACACAACCUUGAGAUUCACAUGAGACUUCACACUGGACAGAAGCCUUUCACCUGUUCCCAUUGUGGAAAGUGUUUCACAAUGAAACAAAACAUUGAGAUUCACAUGAGAACUCACACUGAAGAGAAGCCUUUCACCUGCCCUCAGUGUGGAAAGAGUUUCACAAUGAAACUAAACCUUGAGAUUCACAUGAGAAUUCACGCUGGACAAAAGCCUUUCACCUGCUCUCAGUGUGGAAAGAGUUUGACAACAAAACAAAGCCUUGAGAUUCACAUGAGAAUUCACACUGGAGAGAAGCCUUUCACCUGCUCUCAAUGUGGAAAGGGUUUCAUAAUCAAACAAAACCUUGUGAGUCACUUGAGAACUCACACUGGAGAGAAGCCUUUUACCUGCUCUCAGUGUGGAAAGGGUUUCAGAGCGAAACAAAACCUUGAGAUUCACAUGAAACAUCACACUGGAGAGAAGCCUUUCACCUGCUCUCAGUGUGGAAAGGGUUUCACAGUGAAACAAAGCCUUGAGAUUCACAUGAGAACUCACACUGGAGAGAAGCCUUUUACCUGCUCUCAGUGUGGAAAGUGUUUCAUAAUCAAACAAAGCUUUGAGAGUCACAUGAAAAUUCACACUGGAGAGAAGCCUUUCACCUGCUCUCAGUGUGGAAAGGGUUUCAGAACCAGACCAAACUUUGAGAAUCACAUGAGGAUUCACACUGGAGAGAAACCUUUCGCCUGCUCUCAGUGUGGAAAGAGUUUCAUACAACAGGGUCAGCUUAAAAUUCACAUGGGAAUUCACACAGGAGAGAAGCCUUUCGCCUGCUCUCAGUGUGGAAAGAGUUUCAGAGUGAAGAAUAGCCUUGAGCGUCACAUGAAAAUUCACACUGGAGAGAAGCCUGUCCUCAGUAUCGAAUGAGAUUUUCAAAGCAACGCUGUUUAAAAAGGCACCAAAACGUGAAGAUCGCGCGCACAGAGAGGAACGCAGAAACUUGUUGUCAGUGAUUUAUCGCUAAAGUAGCUUAGAAACUCAACUUAUUAUAGCAUAUAUUUUUCUACUUUUGAUGGAACUAUUUACAACCCACAGCUUCACAAUUAAUAGAGAGACGGUAUGACUAAUUCACACGUAAUCGCUCUCAUUACGUACUGGUACUGUGUUAAUUUAUCUUUAUCUGAUUUACAACAACCAGAAAGCUGUAAGAAAUGUUAUGAACCAUAGAAAAAAUAACUGCUGAAAGUGAGCUGUUAUGUCAGAUCACUCUUUCAAAAAAUAUCCCACCUUUUAAUAGUCAAUCAAAUUUACAGUACAAACCUUGUCAGUGAACUAUGAGGGCAAAAACAAAACAGAAACAAAAUAAUCGUAUUCGAGGUAAAAUGUUCAAUUAAUCGAGGUUUUGAUUUUAGGCCAUAAUCGUCCAGCCCUACUUCUACCUCUUUGAGAAAUUGUUUUAUUCUUUUGAUACUUUUCCUUUUUUUAGUCUCAAGGUUUUUAGAAACAAAAAAAACUUAAUCUUUAGUUUUAUUUUUGAAUAACUAAACCUGGCUCUCACCAUGAACAUAUCCAUAGAAGCUGGAAUGACGUUAAAGGAAAGACUCAGGCCGCAUCCACACCUAUCCGAUCUUUUUUUUUUUUUCCCUAGUCUCAAGAAAUAUCUGCAUACACACGAAACCACUGAAACCGACUCAAAACGAUGUAGUAUACAUGCCAGAUCAGUAUGUGGUGCUGUAAUUCUGCCACAGAGACAGACUAAAAACAGAGAAUAAGACUUUGAGUAUGCGCAUAAAACUUUUAUGUUUUAAAACGUUUCCUGGCCCCUGCUCCUCCACUGCUUCAGUCCAGUUCCUCGGCCCCUCCUCCUCUACUGGUUCUGACCAACAUAAAUUACUUUCUGGUUUCAUCCAGUUCCCUAACCCCUCCUCCGCUGGUUCUGUCCAGCAUGGAUUAUUCUUUGGAUCUGACCAGAUCCCUGGAUCCACCUCCUCCACUGUUUCUUCAUCAGUUUUUCUGACACCUCCUCAUCCUCCUGUUCUGCAGACUGUCCUCAGCCCUUCAGCUCCACCUGCGCAACCACUUUGGCCUGUCAGCUUUCCGGCUUCACUGGUGUCCCUUGUCCAUCUGGCUCCACUACAGUCUGUGGAUAACCCGGCUACAACAUGGACCUCCUCCAUCUCUCUGGCUCCACCGUCAUCCUUAGUCCCACUGGGACCGCCUCAGUCUUCCAAUCCCCCAGUUUCACCUUGGUCCUUCAAGUCUGCGUCAUUGCCCUGCCCACCUCCUCCAGCUCUGCCUCGGUCUUCUGAUUCCCCAGCUCCACCAUAGUCACUAGUCCCGUGGGCUCCACUGGGGAUGUCCAUCCCGAAAGUUGCAGGAUUGAGUCUCAAUACCAGCAGGAAAUGACUAAGGUGCACUUUAGCCCACUGCUCCCGGUGUGUGUGUCCACGGUUUGCAUCGUGUGUGUGUUCACUACUCGCUACUCAUAAUGUGUGUGCACUAACUGGAUGGGUUAAAUGCAGAGGACAUAUUCCAAGUAUGGGUUCACAUAUCACUUUCUUCUUCUUUUUUCUUUUGCAGUGAACACAAUGCAGGAGUCACCAUGCAAACCGAUGCUAAGAAGCACCAUACUUUUUCUUCUUCUUUUGUUUAAUGGAAGGUUACAUUCUUAUAGAAUACAGCCACCUACUUGGUUUUUUUGCGAUCUUUUUUUCUAUAAUUUUUUUUAACUCCAUUGAUUUUGAGUGUCCAUUACCUUCACAUCAUUGACAAUCAGCAGACACCGUUUGAACUGUCUCACAGACUGGAGCCCAGAGUCUAAGAACGAGAGCGCCGCCUGCUGGACAUUUACUGGAAACGCAGUUGCGCUCCUCACAUACAGGUUGAGUUGCUGUCACACAUAACGGGAUCUUCACCGGACACUCAGACCGAUUCCAGCUCCCAGCGCUGACUGAACGGACACUGUUAGUGGAUAUCAGUGUGUUUUACUCCACUACACAGAGCUCUUUCACAGCCAAAUUAAUGAGAGAACACAGUAAAUCAGUCUGCUUGAGCACACAGGUUGUGUUCUUUUGAUGUGAACCAGCACAUAUAUAUAUAUAUAUAUAUAUAUGAGUGCUGGUUAAGUUGCUGUUUGUAUGUUGGCUCAUCAAUGUACUUCUCUAAACCUGGUGAAAGAUACAAAGAUCAGUUAUUCAGUCAUCCAGUUUCUCUGCAGUACUGUCAUUGUUCUUACUCACCUGUGAAUAUAAGGUUAUGAAUAAAUACCUGCAUCUGGGUUCAAACUUUA